AUGGCUGUUCUUUCAGGGCUUCAUGGCAUGGGCUCCGUCAUCUACGGCAAGGCUUUCGUCAGCCUCCCCAUUCCAGAUGGCAACUCAGACCUCUCGAAGCAGGUCAUCAUAGUCACCGGCUCAAACACCGGCCUUGGCUUUGAGGCCACCCGCCACUUGGCCCGUCUUGGUGUGGGAAAACUGAUCAUGGCUGUACGAACUACAGCCAAGGGUGACGAGGCGAAGAAGAAGAUACUCGCCGAGAGUGGUCGACCGGAGUCAUCCAUUGAAGUUUGGCCCAUCGACAUGGACAACUACGAAUCUGUCAAGUCGUUCGCCAGUCGCGCUUCCCAGCUUCCUCGCCUCGAUGGUGUCAUGGCCAACGCGGGUCUCAUGACGACCAAAUUCAGCCUGAGUGAGGGAAAGGAGAAGAACCUCAACGUCAACGUCAUCAGCACCUUCCUGUUGUAUCUGCUUCUCCUUCCGAAGAUGCGAGAGUCCGGCAAGCAGACCGGCAAUCUGUGUCGCUUUGUGAUCCCGAACAGCGCGCUGCACUAUAUGGCCCCCGUCGCGGAGCUGACACCUGGAGACCAACGCAUUAUGGACCGGCUGAACGAUCCCCAGAAGGCAGACAUGGCUGGCCGAUACCCGCUGACCAAGUUGCUCGUCAUCUAUGCCAUACGCGAGUUCGCCAAGAGGACCGAAUCCUCCGGCAAGGGAUCAUGCAUCAUCAACACGCCGAAUCCGAGUUUCUGCAAGUCCGGACUGGCGAGGGAGACUCAGGAUAGCGCCGGAUUCAGAGUUUUCGAGAGUCUCCUCGCUCGUUCGACCGAGGAGGGCAGCCGCGCUCUGGUUCAUGGUCUGUUGGCGGGACCGGAAAGCAAUGGUCAAUAUCUGACAAACUGUCGUGUCCAAAGCCCCGCACGCCAUGUUACUGGGAAAUGGGGUCAACAGGUCCAGGUUUCGUUUUUCGAGGAGCUUCUUGAGGAGCUCGAACGUAUUCAACCGUGUAUCUCAUCAGUCGUUUGA